AUGGAGUGCAUCAUUACUCCUAUUUCCGUCCGUGGGAGCAAAGAGUUACAGAGGAUAUAUAUUCAGUGUAUUGGGGUCCUAGCUGUGUUGGAAGGAAGGAGUGUGGUUUUGGGUUCUCACACUGGCUCUGGCAAGACUCUCGCUUACAUGUUGCCUCUGGUUCAGCUACUAAGACGGGAUGAGGCACUCUCUGGUGUGCUAAUGAAGCCAGGGCAUCCUCGAGCUGUUGUGCUAUGCCCAAGGGAGCUAUCUGAGCAGGUGUUUCGUGUGGCAAAAUCUAUCAGUCAUCAUGCACGGUUCAGGUCCACUAUGGUAAGUGGUGGUGGUCGUCUAAGACCCCAGGAGGACUCAUUGAAUAUACCAAUUGAUAUGGUUGUUGACCCUGGCAGGGUUCUUCAACAUAUUGAGGAGGGGAAUAUGGUUUAUGGUGAAAUUAAAUACUUGGUGUUGGACGAGGUAGACACGAUGUUUGACCGUGGAUUUGGUCCCGACAUUCGCAAGUUUCUUGCUCCAUUAAAAAAUCGUGCAUCAAAAUCUAAUGAUCAAGGAUUUCAAACUGUUUUGGUCACUGCGACAAUGACAAAGGCAGUGCAAAAGCUGAUUGAUGAGGAAUUUCAGGGAAUAGUACAUUUGCGCACUUCAACACUGCAUAAGAAGAUUGCAUCUGCUCGCCAUGAAUUUAUCAAACUUUCGGGUUCUGAAAACAAGCUGGAGGCAUUAUUACAGGUUCUUGAGCCAAGUUUGGCAAAAGGAAACAAGGUAAUGGUGUUUUGUAACACAUUGAAUUCUAGUCGUGUUGUGGAUCACUUUUUUGGAGAAAACCAAAUUUUCACUGUCAAUUACCAUGGUGAGGUGCCAGCAGAACAAAGGGAUCACAUAGGGAGUGAAAGGGAGACGCUUAAUUGA